GAUAUUAUUUUCUCUUUUCUGAAGUUGAAGCAUUUUAUCACUGAAGAUGAGCGGAAGAGGCAAAACCGGGGGCAAAGCGAGAGCGAAGGCCAAGACUCGCUCCUCCAGAGCUGGACUGCAGUUCCCCGUCGGUCGUGUUCACAGACUUCUCCGCAAAGGGAACUACGCAGAGCGCGUCGGUGCCGGAGCUCCCGUCUAUCUGGCGGCUGUGCUCGAGUAUCUGACCGCUGAGAUCCUGGAGUUGGCUGGAAACGCCGCGAGAGACAACAAGAAAACCCGCAUCAUUCCCCGUCACCUGCAGCUGGCGGUGCGCAAUGAUGAGGAGCUCAACAAACUCCUGGGUCGAGUGACCAUCGCUCAGGGCGGCGUGCUGCCCAACAUCCAGGCCGUGCUGCUGCCCAAGAAGAGCGAGAAACCCGCCAAAGCCAAGUAAACCGAGUCCGCUCUGCAUCUCCAACACAAAGGUUCUUUUAAGAGCCACACACUUCAUCUGACAGAGAGCGAUUUACUUUCCUUUUCAUUCAUGAUACACCAUACAUACUAUUGAAGGAGAAAAUUAACUAAAUUAAGGCACUAUUAUUAAAGAUUGAUUAU